AAGGUUUUGGGCUGCAGUACCCGAAAAUUCGUACCUUGUUCUCCAAGCUUUUCAUCAAUGGCGUUUUUUCUUCAAGAGAGCUAGGGCACACAGAGACUGAAAAUUCCAUUUUAAUCCUCGAAUCUCUUUCUGUAUAUAGCAAUGUUGAAGGUCAUCUCUUGUUCGGGGUUGCAGGGGCGAUUCCGUAAUAUCACACCGAGUCUUCGCCAAGGUACUCAGUCGAGCACUCCAUUGCUCCGAGUUCUGAGUCAACUCAGAGGAGUGAAUCGGUGGAGCCCUAAUUCGUGUGGAAGAGCCUUUUUCUGUUCCGACUCAAGUGAUGUAUCCGACCCAGUGGUUGGAGCCGAGGGCAAGGCAGCUGAAGCCGCGGCUGAUGAAGCUGAAUCUAAGGCUUCAUCGGCUAUAGUGCCGACCAGUCCACGACCCGAAGACUGUCUCACGGUUUUAGCAUUGCCAUUGCCACACAGACCGCUGUUUCCGGGUUUCUAUAUGCCAAUUUAUGUGAAGGAUCCUAAAUUGUUAGCAGCUUUGGUGGAAAGUCGAAAACGGCAGGCCCCUUACGCUGGUGCUUUCCUACUUAAAGAUGAGCCUGGGACUGAGCCCAGUCUGUCAUCUGGCUCUGAAACAGAGAAAAAUAUAUAUGAUCUUAAAGGAAAAGAGUUGUUUAAUCGUCUUCAUGAUGUUGGGACACUGGCCCAGAUUACAAGUAUCCAAGGAGACCAAGUGGUCCUUAUUGGUCAUAGGCGGCUUCGAGUAACGGAGAUGGUCAGCGAGGAACCCCUUACAGUCAAAGUUGAUCAUCUCAAGGAUAAACCAUAUGAUAAGGAUGAUGAUGUUAUAAAAGCAACAUCUUUUGAGGUUAUAUCAACUCUAAGAGAUGUCCUGAAGACAAGUUCCCUUUGGAGAGAUCAUGUUCAGACAUAUACUCAACACAUAGGUGAUUUCAAUUUUCCAAGGUUGGCAGAUUUUGGAGCUGCAAUAUCUGGUGCGAACAAAUUGCAAUGCCAGCAAGUGCUUGAAGAACUAGAUGUGCAUAAACGCUUACAACUUACUCUGGAAUUAGUAAAGAAAGAAUUGGAGAUCAGCAAGAUUCAGGAAUCAAUAGCAAAAGCAAUUGAAGAAAAGAUAAGUGGAGAGCAGCGUCGUUACUUGCUGAAUGAGCAGCUUAAGGCCAUAAAGAAGGAACUUGGAUUGGAGACAGAUGACAAAACAGCUCUUUCCGCAAAGUUCAGGGAAAGGCUUGAACCAAAGAAAGAAAAGUGCCCACCUCAUGUUUUGCAAGUCAUAGAAGAAGAGCUUACAAAACUGCAGCUGUUGGAGGCCAGUUCAAGUGAAUUUAAUGUAACUCGUAAUUAUCUUGAUUGGUUGACUGCAUUGCCUUGGGGGAAUUACAGUGAUGAGAACUUUGAUGUCAUGCAAGCACAACAAAUCCUUGACGAGGACCACUAUGGUUUGACUGAUGUUAAGGAAAGGAUAUUGGAAUUCAUAGCUGUUGGAAAACUCAGGGGAAGUUCACAAGGAAAAAUCAUCUGCCUCUCUGGUCCCCCUGGUGUGGGAAAAACUAGCAUUGGUCGAUCUAUUGCACGUGCUUUGAAUCGUAAGUUCUUCCGAUUUUCAGUUGGAGGAUUAGCUGAUGUUGCUGAAAUCAAGGGGCAUCGUCGAACCUAUAUUGGUGCAAUGCCAGGCAAGAUGGUGCAAUGUCUGAAAAACGUUGGAACAGCUAACCCUCUAGUUCUCAUCGAUGAGAUUGACAAGUUGGGAAAGGGACAUGCCGGUGAUCCAGCAAGUGCUUUGUUGGAGCUUCUGGAUCCAGAACAAAAUGCAAAUUUUCUAGAUCACUAUCUCGAUGUUCCAAUAGACCUAUCAAAGGUUCUGUUUGUAUGCACAGCAAACAUUGUGGAAAUGAUUCCCAAUCCUCUGCUGGACAGAAUGGAGGUUAUUUCUGUAGCUGGGUACAUCACCGAUGAAAAAAUGCAUAUUGCCAGAGAUUAUUUAGAGAAAAAUACCCGGGAAGCAUGUGGAAUCAAACCGGAACAGGCUGAACUGACGGAUGCAGCUCUUCUUGAUUUGAUAGAAAACUAUUGCAGAGAAGCAGGUGUUCGCAAUCUUCAAAAACAAAUUGAAAAAAUUUUUCGCAAGAUUGCCUUGCGACUUGUGCGACAUGAAGCAUUAAAUGAACCUCCAGCUGCUGAAGUCAAAGCAGAAGGGGUUCAGGAAUUGAAGGAAACCUUGGUUGUUGGGGAGACUCAGUCUGAAGCUGAAUCAGUAGAGGAUAGCAAUGAGGAUAGCAAUCAUGAACUGGCUACUGAAACCUCUUCCGCAACUGAUGCUGUGCAGGAAGGUGAAGGUGCUGCUGAUUCAAAGGUGACAGUGGAAACUGAAACUGAGAAAAUCCAAGAAAUUGAAUCACCUAAAACCGCCGAGAAAGUCCUGGUGGAGUCUUCAAAUCUGUCCGACUUUGUUGGCAAACCCGUUUUCCAUGCGGAUCGCAUAUAUGACCAGACACCAGUGGGUGUUGUGAUGGGUCUUGCUUGGACUGCAAUGGGUGGUUCCACCCUGUAUAUAGAAACCACUCAAAUCGAGCAAGGAGAGGGUAAAGGGGCCCUCCAUGUUACCGGACAACUCGGAGACGUUAUGAAGGAAAGUGCCCAGAUUGCUCACACUGUCGCCAGAGCAAUAUUGGCUGAGAAAGAACCUGAUAGCCCCUUCUUUGCUAAUUCCAAGCUUCAUCUCCAUGUUCCUGCUGGGGCAACCCCAAAGGAUGGCCCUAGUGCGGGUUGCACCAUGACCACAUCCCUAUUGUCCCUCGCCACAAACAAGCAUGUCAAGAAGGACCUAGCAAUGACCGGGGAAGUCACACUGACAGGAAAGAUCCUUCCCAUUGGUGGGGUUAAGGAGAAGACAAUAGCAGCAAGGAGAAGUGGUGUGAAAACCAUCGUAUUUCCUUCAGCAAACAGAAGGGAUUUUGACGAGCUUGCAGCUAAUGUGAAAGAAGGCCUCGACGUUCACUUUGUGGACAAUUACAAUGAGAUAUUCAAUCUUGCUUUCGGCCACCCCCAACAGACACAACAAGAAACCAUUCUAGCCUAACAGUUCCCAGGACAGCCCAAAAUUUUCUGCAGGUCAUCUCUCUUCUACUCCAAAACCCAAAAUUAAUCUGUCAUCAGUUUUUUGUACUUCGUCAAUUUUUCAUCCGGAUAAUCAUCAUACAACGAACUAGGAAUAUUUUUUUAGCAUAUGGGUGCCAGGAAUGGUUCACCAUUAUUUAUUCACUUCUGGGUUUUUAAACGUUUAACUCCAGAAUCGCGCCUAAACAAGAAUAGAGACUAUUCGUUAGGUGAUAUCAGAGUAUUGCCAAGGGUGGUUCCUCCAUUCUUAGAAGAAAAAUAAGACAAAUCAAAAUUUGGAUGUUGAACCGAAGUUGUUCGUGGGUUUUUCAUAAUCUUGGUUUUAUGUGUUCAUAAUUGAAUGCGAAAUCGGGUCAAAUAAAUCAAAUCAAAUCAAACUGAUAAUUAUUUACAUACAGAUGAGGAACUUGUGACCUGCAUCCGUUGAAUUUUUUUUUUUUUUUCAAGAUUUGUAAUAUUAAUUUUUAUGAAGAUUAGGUUGAUUCAAUUGUAACAGGAAAUGAGUUGUGUAUUGUUGUAAUUUUGAAAUUUCAUUUGGACCAUAGUAGGAUGAUUUGAAUGGGCCUAAGGCUUUUCUUUGCAAUAGGAUUAUUAAAUGCUUAAUAUGUUUGUUGUCUA